UGAAUGAAUGGCGGCGCCGUUUGUGUGGAUUAUGCGUUAACGUUUCCGCCCUGUUUGUGGAAAUGCUCGCGAUUCUUGCGAGCACAAGUCGAUCAACUAGUUUCCUGUUGUUGGUGGUUUAUUUUAAGACAUAUUUUUUUAAACCAGCAUUAGAUUUUGGUGCCCUUACUUGUCGUACGACGCUAAACAGUUAGCAUAGCUACGUAGCAUCGAGGCCUAAUUGUCAUCUUGGCACGUUUUAGGAAACGUGUUUGCGGUCAAUGUUAAUGUUUAGAUCCAUGUGCAUCCUGUAACAUUUUGUAUUUGGACAAUUAACCUGCUUAGAAAUGUGCAAAACAUGUUAAGUGACUUGCGCAGUGGCUGAUGAUGAUGAAGAUGACGUUGAUGAAGAUGAAGAUAGUAACAGUAGCAAACAUGACCAGCAUCCAGUCCAGAGAUGAGUCAGUUGGAGACAGUUCUGACGAUGAACCUCUGAGUAAAAUGUCGAAACCUGGGAAGAAGUGUUCAGAAGAGACACCCUCAGAUAUCAUGAAAGAUGCUUCACCAGAUAAACCUCUCAAUGAACCGACCUCUGCUGCGGAUGACUGUCCUGGACACAGCACUGAUGAUGAGCCUCUGAGCAAACUGAUUGAGUCAAAGGGGUCGAAACAAUUAAAUAAACAGCCAGAGACUGGGGAACUGUCUGAUUCUGAAGAAGAUCAGCCUCUGACGAUUAUCAUCAAAAAGAAGAAGCAGAAGGCAGAUAGAGAAGAGCCUGAAGAUGCCAAGAAGACCAGGGGACCAAAAAAGCGUAAAGCUGUGACAAAGGCCUCAAAGCUCAGAGAGCCAUCACCCACGCCAUCACCAUCUCCGUCACCAGUGAAGGUCGCGCAGAGACGAGGACGAAAAGGUAAAGACGACUCAAAGAAGAAAGCAGCGGCGCGAUCGGCUGCUGUCAAUGCCACGCCUAAAAGGAGAGGACGUGCGAAGAAGGAAGGUAAAGCCGCGUGUAGCGACAGCUCGGACAACGAGACCUUGAGCGAGUUGGUGAGGAAGAAGAGCGAGCCGGCGAUGAAGCAGGCGGUGGUGCUGUUGGAAAGGAUGUCUGAACAAGACGUCCUGGACGCGGUGGCUCGGGGACGAACACGCAGCCGAGAGCAGGAAGAGAGCACAGCAGAGAGCUCAGAUGAGGAGCCCCUGAGUCACAGGUUGAAGAGGCUGAAAGACCAGAGUAAGACUGCGAGAGGCAGAAGACCAGCAGCAGAUGCCAGUUCGGACGACGAGCCUUUGGUGAGGAAAGUGAAAACAGCGAAGGUGAAGGAUAAGUUUAGAAAGAGAGCCAAUGGAGAAGAGGACACGGUCAAACAAGAUAAAGAGCUGAGCGAGGAGGACAAGGGUCCAGACUGAGACCUCCACAGCGUCCACACGCAACACAACACACCAGUGAGCGUCUCGCUUCACCGACCUCGAACACACACACCUUCUCACCAUGACCCAUGAACGUGUUUUCUCUUUCCAGAUUUAACAGAGGAAGCGAGAAGAGGACUCGUUUCUUUCACCGUUCUGUGAUCAGUACUUCAGUGCUUCAUUCCCUUUAUUUAUUUAUACUCAGUAACAACAUCGCAGGUUUAUUUUUUCCCCCCAGCUCCUUAAAAUGUAAAUCACUUUCACGCCACAAAGCAUCAAAAACCAUAAAACGCUUUCAUUGACCUUGUUUUAGCAUUUUACAUUUUGUACAGUCUUAACCAGGCUUCAGCCUUUUACAUUGUGUACGUUGAUGCUUUGCUUUGUAUUACGAGACAAAAAAAAAGUCACUAAAUGUAACUGACAGAUUCCGAGGAAGGAACAGAACAUGAAAUAAUAGUUUUUUUGAUAAAUAGUAUUGGUGUGUGUACACAAGUAUGAAACGCAGUAGUGUGAGAGAGGAAUGUGCCGAACCGUGUUACAGAUGUAUAUGGGUUUGUUUUGUUUUUUUUUAGUUUGUUGUGAUAAAUGUGAUUUUACCAGAUCGGAUGGUUGGAAUUCCUAACGAAUGCUUAGAUUCCUGCUGUCAGUACAAUCAACAAGGCUUUAAAAAAAUGAUUUAGUCUGUGACUUUAUAAUAAAAAGUGUAGGAACUCUGUA